UGGGUGGCUCAGUGAGGGUCAGUGUGGCGUGGUGAGAACAUCUCUCGCCCUGCACCAGUGGCCCCAUGACCCUACUCACCAGAACGUAAACACACCUGCCAAUUAUCACAAGUACAAUAAAAACUCGCCAUCAUGGACCACGAGACUAAAUCUACACAAGAGACAUCUCCCGGUAUGGUUUCCAGGAUACCCAACGAUCCUAUGGCGGUGACCUGGGCGGAGAAAUACAGCGACACGUUAGAAAAGUAUUGGAACAGGUUGCCUAACUUCGUGGGAACUUUCAUUGCCAGUGUAGCCGUGUUUAUCCUGGGAUCCACAAUUAGAGGGGAGUGGCUUCACAUCCUCGUUCACUUCCUCAAAGCCUUCCAGUACGGGGAGCAGCAGCAGGAGUCAGGUAGUAUCUCCAACACCAGCAUCACCACCUCGUCAGACUUCCUGGGCUUCAACCUGGCUGACUACAGGCUACAGGGGUUCGGGUAUUACUGGGUCGCCGCCACUACCAUCUCCUAUAUCUUCUACCUUGGCAUCGGCGGGUUCCUGCAUUGGUAUUACUACAUACGCCAACGUGGCCGAGCUAUCGAAUGGAAGUGUCAGCCAAAUAAGUUCCUCUCGCCGGAGUUGGAGCGUCACGAGAUCCUUCUGGGGUCUUUCUCUCUACUGCUGGGGUCGACGUGUUCAGCCCUGGUCUCUUGCUACCUCAUGAACGGCGGCAAGUCUACUAUUUACUACGAUGUGUCUGAGUAUGGAUGGUUGUGGUACUUUGCUUCUUGGCCCGUCGUGUUCGUCUGGCAGGAUUACCUUACCUACUGGACCCACCGCAUGUACCAUCUACCCUUCCUCUACAAGAAGUUCCACAAGCUACAUCACAAGUACAAGCAGCCUACAGCCUUCAGCGUCACUGCCAUCCACCCUUUUGAGUUCCUGCACAUGCAACUAGUUCUUAUCAGUCCCAUGGUCAUCUUCCCUGUCCAUUGGACGGUGUUCGUGGUGUUGCUGAUGUACUUAUACUACCACGGGAUCAUUGACCACUCAGGCAUCAACUUUAAGGCCUACUGGUGGCAGCCUUGGCAACCCGACUGCAUCUUUCACGAUAACCACCACCAGUACUUUCACGUCAACUUUGGCUUCAACUGUGCACUCUGGGAUAAGAUUCACGGGACUUACAGACAGAAGAAUAAGGUAUACCGCGAGGACAUCUUCUACGGUAAGGGUAAGGACUUGACUCACUGUUCCAAGGACGAGCUGAAGGACGAGCUAAGAGAGAGGGAGAACGAGAACCACCUAGCAUACCGAGGAACAGUGCGAGAUGAACAGGUGAAGGAGAUCAAACACAAGCUUACGUAGAACACAUCUCACCUGGUUGACGUUUGGAUCUACUCUGUAAAGGAUGUUCCGGGUGAGGUUCCUUCCCUUGGACGUCGUCUGAGCCUGGGUUGUGUCUCCUGGCCUGACCGUGACCUGCGUGGCUAGGAAGAAGGAGAAGAGGAUAAUGUAAUUUUAAACUGACUCUUUAUGUGCCAUUGUUUACAGUACUUAUGGGAAUCACCUGAAGUUUAAUGCUUGGAUUACAAUGACAAGGAUGUACCAAUAAUCAUAACACUCUUGAA